CAGCAGGUGUCUCAGUGGGAGUUCACUAGGGGUCAGUUGGAAAUCAAGGUUCAAACAGUCACCCAGGCCAAAGAGGUGAUACAAGGAGAAGUGAAGUGCCUUCGUUGUGAGCUGGAAACAGAGAGAUCCAGAAUGGAGCGGGAGCGGGAGGAUAUGGCUCAGCAGCUCUCACGGACAGAGCAGCAAUAUCAAGAUACCCUUAGCCUUCGUCAAGCUGUGUACGAGGAGGAAAUGAACAAGCUCCUGCAAGAGCUGAAGAGUGAGCAGGAAUGGCAUCGCGCAGAGCUGAAAGAGAUGUGGGAGCUCUCAGCCCAAGAGAAAGCAGAGGCAGAAGGUGCUUAUGAGAAGAAGCUGUUGGAGCUGAAGCAGGAGGCUGCUACUAUGCAAUCUCAGAAAGAAGAGGAGCAAGCUCGGACUGAAAAUGCCAGGCAAGAGGUGCUGCUAGAGAAAGAGAGAGAGAAGUCUUUGUUGGAGGCACUGCUCCAAACACAGGAAGAGUUGACAGAUGCCUGUCAGCAGCUGGAGCAGCUUCGCCAAGAGGUGAAGAAGCAACAGAAGGAGCAGGACACCGUGGAGGGGCUGCAAGCUGAGCUCCAGGAAGCUCAGAAUCAGAUGGAGGCAGUGGAGAGCAGGCAUUUGGAAGAGGUCAAAACCCUCAAACAGGAAAUAGACAUUCUCCUUCAGCAGCGAGACACCCUGCGAAACCAGGUGCAAAAGCUAGUGGUCACCAAGGAUUCCUGGCAACAGAUUGGCCUGGAGGCUCAGCAGCAAUUGAACGAGGUGCAAAAAUUAUCCAAACAGAAGAUAUUGGAGGCUGCUCAUAUCCAGAAUAUGUUAGAGGGGGAGAGGAGCCGACAGGAGGAGGCGGAGCGUCAGAACACAGAGCUCCAGGCCACGGUCGGAGCCCUGGAGGGGGAGAGGAGCCGAUGGGAGGAGGCAGAGCGUCAGAACACAGAGCUCCAGGCCACGCUCAGAGCCCUGGAGAGGGAGAGGAGCCGACGGGAGGAGGCGGAACAUCAGACCACAGAGCUCCAGGCCAGGCUCAGAGCCCUGGAUGGGGAGAGGAGCCAACGUGAGGAGGUGGAGCGUCAGAACACAGAGCUCCAGGCUAGGCUCAGAGCCCUGGAUGGGGAGAGGAGCCGACGUAAGGAGGUGGAGCGUCAGAACACAGAUCUCCAGGCCACGCUGAGAGCCCUGGAUGGGGAGAGAAGCCGAUGGGAGGAGGUGGAGCGUCAGAACAGAGAGCUCCAGGCCACAGUCAGAGUCCUGGAGGGGGAGAGGAGCCGAUGGGAGGAGGCGGAGCGUCAGAAUAGAGAGCUCCAGGCCACAGUCGGAGCCCUGGAGGGGGAGAGGAGCCGAUGGGAGGAGGUGGAGCGUCAGAACACAGAGCUCCAGGCCAGGCUCAGAGCCCUGGAGGGGGAGAGGAGCCAAUGGGAGGAGGCGGAGCGUCAGAACAGAGAGCUCCAGGCCACACUACGAGCCUUGGAGGGGGAGAGGAGCCAAUGGGAGGAGGCGGAGCAUCAGAACAGAGAGCUCCAGGCCAGGCUCAGAGCUCUGGAUGGGGAGAGGAACCGACGGGAGGAGGUGGAGCGUCAGAACACAGAGCUCCAGGCCAGGCUCAGAGCCCUGGAGGGGGAGAGGAGCCAAUGGGAGGAGGCGGAGCGUCAGAACAGAGAGCUCCAGGCCAGGCUCAGAGCUCUGGAUGGGGAGAGGAACCGACGGGAGGAGGUGGAGCGUCAGAACACAGAGCUCCAGGCCACGGUCGGAGCCCUGGAGGGGGAGAGGAGCCGAUGGGAGGAGGCAGAGCGUCAGAACACAGAGCUCCAGGCCACGCUCAGAGCCCUGGAGAGGGAGAGGAGCCGACGGGAGGAGGCGGAACAUCAGACCACAGAGCUCCAGGCCAGGCUCAGAGCCCUGGAUGGGGAGAGGAGCCAACGUGAGGAGGUGGAGCGUCAGAACACAGAGCUCCAGGCUAGGCUCAGAGCCCUGGAUGGGGAGAGGAGCCGACGUAAGGAGGUGGAGCGUCAGAACACAGAUCUCCAGGCCACGCUGAGAGCCCUGGAUGGGGAGAGAAGCCGAUGGGAGGAGGUGGAGCGUCAGAACAGAGAGCUCCAGGCCACAGUCAGAGUCCUGGAGGGGGAGAGGAGCCGAUGGGAGGAGGCGGAGCGUCAGAAUAGAGAGCUCCAGGCCACAGUCGGAGCCCUGGAGGGGGAGAGGAGCCGAUGGGAGGAGGUGGAGCGUCAGAACAGAGAGCUCCAGGCCACACUACGAGCCUUGGAGGGGGAGAGGAGCCAAUGGGAGGAGGCGGAGCAUCAGAACAGAGAGCUCCAGGCCAGGCUCAGAGCUCUGGAUGGGGAGAGGAACCGACGGGAGGAGGUGGAGCGUCAGAACACAGAGCUCCAGGCCACGCUCAGAGCCCUGGAUGGAGAGAGAAGCCGAUGGGAGGAGGUGGAGCGUCAGAACACAGAGCUCCAGGCCACAGUUGGAGCCCUGGAAGGGGAGAGGAGCCAAUGGGAGGAGGCGGAGCGUCAGAACAGAGAGCUUCAGGCCACACUCAGAGCCCUGGAGGGGGAGAGGAGCCAACGGGAGGAGGCGGAGCGUCAGAACACAGAGCUCCAGUCCACGCUUGGAGCCCUGGAGAAGGAGAGGAGCCAAUGGGAGGAGGUGGAACGUCAGAACACAAAGCUCCAGGCCACGCUCAGAGCCCUGGAUGGGGAGAGGAGCCAACGGGAGGAGGCAGAGCGUCAGAACACAGAGCUCCGAGCCACGGUCGGAGCCCUGGAGGGGGAGAGGAGCCAAUGGGAGGAGGUAGAGCAUCAGAACACAGAGCUCCAGGCCACGCUCAGAGCCCUGGAGGGGGAGAGGAGCCGAUGGGAGGAGACGGAGCGUCAGAACACAGAGCUCCAGGCCAUGGUCGGAGCCCUGGAGGGGGAGAGGAGCCAAAGGGAGGAGGCGGAGCAUCAGAACACAAAGCUCCAGGCCACUCUCAGAGCCCUGGAGGGUGAAAGAGCCAGCCUAGCUCUGACCCUGGAGGGGAAGGAGCUGAGACUCAGGACCUUCCAGGAGAGAGAUGAUGCCCAGCUGAGUGAGAUCAUCAGCCUGCAGGCAGCCAUUUGCCAAGCUCAGCAGCUCCAUUCUGACCACAGAAGAGAGAUACAGGAGCUCAACACACAGGUCCACUCACUCAGGCAGGCAGUGCUAGAGAAAGAGGCUGGUUUAGUGGCCCAGGAAAAGCAGCUGUCACAGGAUCUGGAGGAGUCACGGGUGGGUGAACGGCAUUUGAGGGAUUUGCUGCGAACAGUAGAGGCAGAGGUGUCUCAGCUGCGCCUUAGCCUUUGCAGCACAGAGAGCCGGGCAGAGGCACUGGCUGUGGAGUGCCACCGUGCCAGCAGUGCCCGCUGUGAAGCAGAGUCCCAGCUGGCCAGGCUGCACACCGUUCUGCAGCACACACUGCGUGGCAGCACUCUUGCAAGUGGAGACCUUGUCACAUGGAGUGCAGAACAGGACCGUGUUUGUGGGCUUACUGGGCCUCAACCUAAGGCCCUCCCUAUAGAGCUCACAGCAGAGAAAGUGGCAACAGCCUUCCGGAACCUGCACCAGGACCUGAGGCAGACUCUGCAAGAUCGGGAUGAUGCCAGGAACAAGGCUCAGAAGCUGGAGCAGGAGCUGAGCAAAAAGGAGGCUGAGAGGGACUGUCUCAGAGCCCACAACCAAGAGCUGCAGACGUGGUUGUCCCAAAGCCAGGAAGAGAUGCGGAUGGUAGAAGGGAAGCAGGGCUCACUCCAGGCCACGCUGCAAGAAGAGGUCAUUGCCCUAAAGAAGGAGGUUGUGACGUUGCAUGGGGAGGUUGCAUCCUUGGAGAGGAGCCUUGAGGGCACUGAGAAGCAAAGAAGGGAUGUUGUGCAUGAACGGGACAUGCUGCAGGCAGCUAAGGAGAAACUGGUACAGGAGAUGGACCUUCUCCAGGAAUCAGUCUCUGCUUCUGAGACUCGGGCAAAAAUAGCAGUAAACAUGAGCCGCUCCCUAGAACAAGAGCUUCAAACAACCCUCUCUGCCCUGAAAAUGAAAAGUGAGGAAGCAGAGACUCAACAGGAGGGAAUCCAAACAUUGCAGAAGGAGGCUGCCUUGGGGAAGGCUUUGCAGGAAAAUCUGGAUCACCUGACUCUUGCCUUAAGCCAGAGAGAUGGAGAAAUGGAAACACUGCAAGAACAGAUUAGCAAGCUGGAGCAGCAGAGAGAAGUGCAAAGAACAGCUUUAGAUCAUCUUACUAAAGACCUAGAGGAGAAGGACAGAGAGGUGGAAUCCCAACAAGAACAGAUUCAGGAACUAGAGAAUCAGAGGGAAAUGCAGAAGACUGCUAUAGAACGACUGACUUUAAACCUAGAGGAGAAAGUAAAGGAAAUUAAAUUCCAGGAAGAGAAAAACCAGACUCUGGAAGAACAUGGAAGAUCACAAAUGAAAGCUCUGCUGGAGGAGCUCUAUCUAAUCAAAGCAGACUUGAGGGAAAAAGAUUGUGAGCUUAUGUCUCAGAGAAAGGUAGCUGAAGAAUUGAAAGAGGAGGAGAAAAAGCAGGUGAAGGUUCUGCGCACAAGCCUAGAACACAUGAAAGCAAUUCUCGGGGACAAAGAGAGUGAGAUUGAAUCACAGCGGGAGCAGAUAAGGAUUUUCCAGCAGUAUGAGGAUCAGCGGGAGGAAAAGCUACAGGACCUGCGGGAGAAAGUAAAACAGAUGACCCUCACUCUGACUCAGAGAGAUCAAGAGCUUAAGUCACAACAAAAGCAAAUUCAGAAUAUUAAGGAAGAGAUGGAAAUGAAGCUAAAGCCUCUUUGUGAACAUCUAGAGCAAACACAAGCAGCCUUAAAAGACAAAGACAGAGAACUGGAAUUCCAAAUGCAGCAAAUACAGAAACAUGAGGAAGAAGCAGAAGGGCAGAGGAAGGUUUUACAGAGAGAUUUAGAAUAUGCCAAGGAAGAACUAAAGGAGAGAGAUGGAGUGAUUAAGUCUCAGAAAGAGCAGAUCUGGACACUCCAAAAACAAGAAACAGAAGUUGAGCAACAGUUGAAAACUCUUGACCAUCUUGAAGCUAUAUUAAGGGAGCGAGAGCAAGAAAUUGAAUCCUUGCAAAAGCAAUAUGAGGAGCACAAAACAGAGGAGGCGAAGCAGGCAAGAGCCAUGCAAGCAAAUCUUCAACAAACACAGGUGACUCUGAGGGGGAGAGAGAGGGAAAUAGAGUCCCUUGAGGAAGGAAUCCAUAAGCUUCAGCAGCAUGAGGAAGAUGCAGUGACACAGACUAAGGCUGUCUUGAAGACACUUGAAUAUACCAAAUCGUCUCUACAAGCCAGAGACCAGGAGAUAGAGUAUUUUCAAGGGCAUGUCAAGGAGCUGUUAGGGCAGAAAGAGCUGGAAGAAAAGAGUGUCAGGAGCUUACAGCAGGAUAUAGACAGAAUGAGCCACAUAGUGAAGGAGAAGGAUGUAGAACUCCUCAAGCAGGCGGAGCAAAUUAGCAUAUACCAGCUUCAAGAAGAAAGAAUGCAGGUGGCACUAAAGUCCUGCCAGAACCAAGCAAGUUGUCUAGAGGAAGUUGUAAGAGAGCGAGAGUGGGAGAAUGAGACUCUCAUUCAACAGCUCCAGCACCGAGAGGAAGAGCAGGAGACCCUGCACCGUCUCCAGCUUACACUGGCAGAGAAGGAGAGACAUCACAGAGAGAGAGAGCAGCUUCUAGAAGAAGCCCUGAACAAGAGGGAACAGGAGAUCAAGACCCAAGAUAAGCGAAAACAAUUGGAAGAGGAGGAGGUGAAGGGUCUUCAAGAAAGUCUCCAGCAUCUCCAGCAGACACUGGCCAAAAAGGAUGAGGAGAUCAAACAUCAGAGAGAGAGAGUCAGGGGCCUGGAGGAGACUCUGAGAGGGAGAGAGCAGGAGCUGAGAACACAGGGUGAGCUCCUGAAGCAGCUCACCUCAGCUCUGCAAAGGAGAGCUGGUGAAGGGGAGACUCUCAAGAACCAAAUCCAGAAACUCCUGAGAUGGGAGACAGAGGAGGCAGCCAAGAGGAAGGUUCUCCAGGAGAGAGACCAGCAGCUGGAAAUGCAGAAGGUGUGGAUCCAACAGCUGGAAGAGGAGAAAAAGGUGAAGGAUCAGGAACUGGAGCACAUGAUGGCUGUUCUGAAGCAGACUGAGAGUGUGGAGAUAGAAUGGAGGGAGAAAGCACAGGCCUUGGCUUUGUCCCUGGCCCAGAGCGAAGCAGCCAGUAGGACCCUGAGGGACGAAAUGGCUGUCCUACAGAGCAUGGUAUCAGAGCGGGAUAAGGAUCGGCUUCAUCUUCAGGAGCAGCUUGCUUCAGCUCUCAGAGACCUAGAGGAGAGCGUUCCAAACAAGACUCUGAAUGGAGAUGCGGAUCUGCUGCUUAGAGAGGAGAGAGCAGGAAAACAGCAGGCCAUGGGAGAGGAAGAGGAGCAGCUGGCAGCAGGGGCAGAGAGAAGACUGUUGCAGCAGCGGCUGGAACGUCUGCAGCGAGCUGUCGCAAGGCUGGAACAUGACAAAACUGAGCUGGAGCAGCUCAACACCCAACUCAGGAGGACUCUAGAGAAGGUGGAGCGUGAGCGGAGGAAGCUGAAGAGGGACCGUGCUGGCCUCUCACUGCCAGAUGCCUGUGGACUUUCUGUGUCUGACUCUGGGCAGAAUAAGGCAUCAACUUCAGGACAGGAGGAGGCCCGGGCUCUUCGUAGGCGACUCACCGAGUUGCAGAAGCAGGUGUCUCUUCUGCAAACCCAGCUGGUGCUGGAGCGGAAGCACAAGCAGGACUACAUCGAGUGCUGUGCAAAGACCAGCCAGGAGCUGUCGGGCCUGCACCAGGAGCUCUCUCACUCCUUAGCAACUGUGGCCAGGGAGCCCAAGGCUGCUGUUCUAGAAGCAGAAACACGGAAGCUGGAUGAAUCUCUGAACCACAGUUUGGCACUGGUGGCUCUAGGGUGGGAUGGCCAAUCUCUGGAGAUACACCCUCUGAGUUCCACACCCAGAGCAGCCCAGCAGAAUGAGCUGAGGUAGCAGGAUCAGCAUUCAGCAAAUGGGUCACAGCAGAAACAAGGUCCAACCCUACGUGUGGUUUGGCAAUACCAUUUUCAAAGGUGCCAUGGACAACAGACUCUUGCCCACCUUGCAGAAGAAUCCUACGUAGCAGUGAAAAAGGUGGUGAUUGUCCCUUCAAGAGCCAUCCCCUCCAUUUUCAUGGGCCAGACCUCCUCAGGUCCAGCCUGCCCGCUGACGUGGCCCUGACUCUUGUAGCCCCAGCCGAAUACCAGUCCUCAGGAACAUUGAACCACAUGGUUGGUUGUGGCACAUGGGAGGAUGGAACCAAUAAGAACAUGGGUUUUCCUCCUUCUUACAGCCUGUGUAUCCUGAGGAAUGUCCCCAGAGUGUGCAGAGACCUGCUGCAGGGAGUGAAUUCAGGGGCGUGGGGUUGUGUCAAAGCUGAGAUCUGGGGCAGGGGGGCAAUAGUGCUCACUGUGGAAACACCAUCGGCAGCAGUGUUCACCAUGGAAACUUCCAGCAGGACUGUGCUAGGGGACCAAAGGCUGGAGCUGGCUGAGCAGGGCUCAGAGAUUGGAGGCAAGCUAGAAAAAGGCUCUAGGGUUGACUGGCAGCAGCAGAUUGGUGGAAUUUUCCUUUCCUGAAGCACACAAUUGUUGCCUGCCCCAGAAAUGUUGUUGUUACAAGGUGUCCCCAGAGAUUGCCCUCCUGCUGCCUGGAGAGCUGCUCCCAAAUGACUUUGUACUGUUUCCCUUUUAGUAAGAGCUCCAGCAGGAUCUGUAUUUUCAGCUUUUAUAAUAAAGUUAUUCCCUACGAAAGAG